AUGAUCCAAUAUAUGACUAAUUUUCUUAAGAAGUUUCUCAUCAAUUCCAUUUUUCAUUUGCAGAAUCUGAUCUCACAUCAUGCUUCUUGUUUCACUCGUUUUCUCUCUUUGCAUAAACCAAUCUUCCUCUCCAGUGCUUCAUCAAGAGAUACAAUUGUUGAAACCGACACAUCAAAGGCACAAUCUUUUUCCAAAAUCGAAGAAUCAGAAGAAGUAAAGAUGAUCGAAUCAGAAAAUUCAGGAGUCGAUGAAGACGAAGAGAUUAAGGAAUCGCCGAAGUUUGUUUUCAAAUUCGCUUUUCAGACGGAAACUUUCGAGAAAUUAAGCAGAGAAGGUUACAGAUCGUUGAGUGAUUCUGGUGAGAACGAGAGCGAGAGCUGUUUUUUGUCUUGUUCUUCUUCCUCUUCUUCUCCGGCCAUUUCCACGGCGGGGAACAAGUAUGAGUCUCAAUCUCCGGCGAAGAAUCUCACUUUCGUUGUCGAAAACCCAAAGGCGGCGACUUUUAGGGUUGAAGACUGUUUGAAUGAGAAGAAGCUAGAAAAAACAGAGGAUUAUUCCGGCGAUUCUGAUUCCGAUUUCGGAGGAACAUCACCGGAGGAGAAAGGGGAAGAUCGUAAAAUCCAUAAUUCUGGUUCUGGCUCUGAUUCAGAGGAAGAAGAUGCAGAAGAAGAAGAGGAAGAAGAAGAUGCAAACGAAUUCGAGAGUUUAUGGGAGCAUCAGGAUUUGAUAGAGCAACUUAAGAUGGAGAUGAAGAAGGUUAAAGCAAUCGGUGGGCUUCCGACAAUUCUUGAGGAAGAAGAAGAUGAUUGUCCUAAGUUCAUGGAGGAUUUAAAGCCAUGGAGAAUCGAAGAAGAGAAGAAAUCUAAACAUGUUGAUACAUUUGGAGAAGUUCAUAAGUUCCAUCGAAGUUACAGAGAAAGAAUGCGAAAACUCGAUAUCUUGAGUUUUCAGAAAUCUUAUGCUCUUGGGCUUCUUAAAUCAAAGAACUCCUCGACCGUUGAUAGCUCUCCUUCUCAGGCAUCGGUUUUCUCGGUUAAUCUUCGGUUAUGGAAACCGAAGAAACCAGAAACCGAACCAAUGGUUCAAUUCAUAAAAGAGAUUCAUGGAGAGUUGGAAAACGUAUACGUCGGUCACAUGUGUUUGUCGUGGGAGAUUCUUCACUGGCAAUACGAAAAGGCCAUUGAAUUACUAGAAUCUGAUGUGUACGGAUCUCGCCGGUACAACGGAGUCGCCGGAGAGUUCCAACAGUUUCAGGUUCUGCUUCAGAGAUUUCUUGAAAACGAACCUUUCGAAGAGCCUAGAGUGCAACAUUACAUCAAGAAACGUUGUCUUCGUCGUAAUCUCCUUCAAGUCCCGGUUAUUCGAGAAGAUGGAAACAAGAAGAAAGGUAGAAGAAGAGAUGACGAGGAAAAUGAUGAUGGUGCGAUUAAAAGCGAUCAACUAGUGGAGAUUAUGGAGGAAACGAUUCGAUUGUUCUGGCGUUUUGUACGUUGUGAUAAGCUUACUAGCUCGAUUCAUGAUCAGAAAUCGAGAACCAAAUCACAAAUAGAACCGGAUCAUGAAGAAGACUCGGAAGAUCUUGAGAUGUUCGCAGAGGUUAAAUCAGAACUUCAAAAUAAGGAGAAGAGGUUGAAACAUGUGUUGAAGAGUGAGAGAUGUAUCAUAAGAAGAUUCAAGAAGCACAAGGAAGAAGACUCAACAGAUGAUCAAGUGCUUCACUUCUUCUCACAGGUGGACAUGAAGCUUGUGACAAGAGUCUUGAACAUGUCUAAAUUGACUAAGGAUCAUUUGGUUUGGUGUCGUAAUAAGUUGACCAAGAUUAGCUUUGUGAAUAGAAGGUUACAUUUAGAAUCUUCCUUUAGUCUCUUCCCUUGUUGAGAUUUUGUACUGACAUGUAGUUGUAGAUAAAUCGGAGUAAUAAAAAGUUAACUUUAUGUUCUAAAGAUGUUCGUGUAAGUACCUAAGGCAAAUUAG